AACACAUGCGAGAUAUGCAAAGGAAUGGUAACAAUGGCACGGCGGUACCGGGAACACAUGCGGCAUGUGCUUCCUGCAAGCAUCAGAGGAAGAAGUGCGGUGAGGAUUGCAUUUUGCACCCAUAUUUUCCGGCAGAAAAGAGUCAGGAAUUCCAAGCUGUUCACAGAGUGUUUGGCGUAAGCAAUGUUAUGAAAUUAAUAAGAAGUGUUGGAGUUGAGGAUCGGCAGAGACUGGCGGAGUCUUUGAUUUGGGAAGCUUCUUGCAGACAGAAAGACCCAGUUUUAGGUCCUUUUGGAGAGUAUACAAAAGUUUCAGAUGAACUUAAGUUGUAUAAAACCCAUAUGCUAACUCAAACGCACCAGCAUCAUCAAUUGGUCACGGUGGCAAAUCACCAGAAUCAACUGCUAAUGCCGCCUACACCGCCGCAGCAGAGCAUGAUGUACAAGCCACCGAUCGGUUGGCAUGGUGCUAAUGGAAUGAAGAGUGCCGGAAUUGGACGUGGAGGAGGAGGCGGAUAUGCUUAUAGCCAUGAUAAUGGGAAUAUUGAUCCAGCUUCAUGUACUUAUACCAACUUCAGUUAUAACAAUAACAAUAAUGUGCAAGGAUUAGAUAAAGUUAAAAAACAAGAAAGAGAUGUUAGUACUCGUCUCGUUACAUCUCAGCAGCCAUUGCAGCAGCAGCAUCAUUCUGUUACUAAUUCAUUUAGCGAGCAGCAGUACUACCUUUCAGGCCAGUAUGGUUCUAUUAAUGGCAAGAAGAUGGAUACUACGCUAUGGGAGACUGGACCAUAAGAUUUCUACCCUUCUAAUCAUGGAACUGAUCAUACUUGCAAUUAAGUAAAUUUGGUUAUAUUUGCUGAAACUAUAGGGGCAGGCAUAGAAGAAUACUUUUGUUUUUAAAGAAAAAAGAAUAAUUUAUUGAUUCAUAUUUGAUUGUAUGCUGAUCAUCUUAUUCUUAUCUAAUCUAUCCAAUCUUUUAGCCGAUCUUAGUUAUCCCCACUUGAA